AUGGAUCCUACAGCGAUCCAGAUGGAUCCUACAGCGAUCCAGAUGGAUCCUACAGCGAUCCAGAUGGAUCCUACAGAGAUCCAGAUGGAUCCUACAGAGAUCCAGAUGGAUCCUACAGAGAUCCAGAUGGGGCUCAGCUGGUGUCCUCCUCCAGUUAAAGAAGUGGAUGGAUGGAAACGGAGGAGACGAGCUCAGUUGAAGAAGAAGGUCUUCAUUUGCCAGAGGUCCUCUUCCCAGUCUUCUCAGUCUUCCCAGAGGUGUGGAGAGAGGGAGUCUGGGUCUCCGUUGAAGAGGAUAGAGUCUGGGUCUCCGUUGAAGGGGAUAGAGUCUGGGUCUCCGUUGAAGAGGACAGAGUCUGGGUCUCCGUUGAAGAGGACAGAGUCUGGGUCUCCGUUGAAGAGGACAGAGUCUGGGUCUCCGUUGAAGAGGACAGAGUCUGGGUCUCCGUUGAAGAGGACAGAGUCUGGGUCUCCGUUGAAGAGGACAGAGUCUGGGUCUCCGUUGAAGAGGACAGAGUCUGGGUCUCCGUUGAAGAGGACAGAGUCUGGGUCUCCGUUGAAGAGGACAGAGUCUGGGUCUCCGUUGAAGAGGACAGAGUCUGGGUCUCCGUUGAAGGGGAUAGAGUCUGGGUCUCCGUUGAAGGGGAUAGAGUCUGGGUCUCCGUUGAAGGGGAUAGAGUCUGGGUCUCCGUUGAAGAGGACAGAGUCUGGGUCUCCGUUGAAGAGGACAGAGUCUGGGUCUCCGUUGAAGAGGACAGAGUCUGGGUCUCCGUUGAAGAGGACAGAGUCUGGGUCUCCGUUGAAGAGGACAGAGUCUGGGUCUCCGUUGAAGGGGACAGAGUCUGGGUCUCCGUUGAAGGGGAUAGAGUCUGGGUCUCCGUUGAAGGGGAUAGAGUCUGGGUCUCCGUUGAAGGGGAUAGAGUCUGGGUCUCCGUUGAAGGGGAUAGAGUCUGGGUCUCCGUUGAAGGGGAUAGAGUCUGGGUCUCCGUUGAAGGGGAUAGAGUCUGGGUCUCCGUUGAAGGGGAUAGAGUCUGGGUCUCCGUUGAAGGGGAUAGAGUCUGGGUCUCCGUUGAAGGGGAUAGAGUCUGGGUCUCCGUUGAAGGGGAUAGAGUCUGGGUCUCCGUUGAAGGGGAUAGAGUCUGGGUCUCCGUUGAAGGGGAUAGAGUCUGGGUCUCCGUUGAAGGGGAUAGAGUCUGGGUCUCCGUUGAAGGGGAUAGAGUCUGGGUCUCCGUUGAAGGGGAUAGAGUCUGGGUCUCCGUUGAAGGGGAUAGAGUCUGGGUCUCCGUUGAAGGGGAUAGAGUCUGGGUCUCCGUUGAAGGGGAUAGAGUCUGGGUCUCCGUUGAAGGGGAUAGAGUCUGGGUCUCCGUUGAAGGGGAUAGAGUCUGGGUCUCCGUUGAAGGGGAUAGAGUCUGGGUCUCCGUUGAAGGGGAUAGAGUCUGGGUCUCCGUUGAAGGGGAUAGAGUCUGGGUCUCCGUUGAAGGGGAUAGAGUCUGGGUCUCCGUUGAAGGGGAUAGAGUCUGGGUCUCCGUUGAAGGGGAUAGAGUCUGGGUCUCCGUUGAAGGGGAUAGAGUCUGGGUCUCCGUUGAAGGGGAUAGAGUCUGGGUCUCCGUUGAAGGGGAUAGAGUCUGGGUCUCCGUUGAAGGGGAUAGAGUCUGGGUCUCCGUUGAAGGGGAUAGAGUCUGGGUCUCCGUUGAAGGGGAUAGAGUCUGGGUCUCCGUUGAAGGGGAUAGAGUCUGGGUCUCCGUUGAAGGGGAUAGAGUCUGGGUCUCCGUUGAAGGGGAUAGAGUCUGGGUCUCCGUUGAAGGGGAUAGAGUCUGGGUCUCCGUUGAAGGGGAUAGAGUCUGGGUCUCCGUUGAAGGGGAUAGAGUCUGGGGGAUAG